AUGACAGAAAACAGGACAGUUUUCCGGGCAAAUUUGGUUCAGAAACAAGGUCAGAAAGCUGGUUUGACAUAUUCAACUGCACCACAGGUGUCAUGGGCCCUGAAUCGAUUGUACCCGUUUUUGAUCAUAUUCGAUGGUCUACUGAGUAACUUGAUGUGGUGUUGCGAUGACAUUUGUCUUCCCUUUAUCUACCUGGUGCUUUUGAUCUUGGUGGUAAAUUUGGGAGGAGAUUUCGAAAUGUACUCCAAUGUCAUAAAUGCUUUGGCCGUUUCUUGGCUGGGCCUUAUGAGUCUGGUUUUCAUGGUUUUAUCGUGCUUAUACUACAUAUCCAGUGUGGUUCGCGAAUUGAAGCAAGAAGAGCCUCCUACGCUGGACGACAUUGUGGUGAUUAUGGAAAACGUACAUUACAAGCUAGAAAGGAUGCGUGAAGAUGUGGCUCGAAUUUCUAAACUCCGGAGACGCGAUCUGGCUUCUUUUUUCGUGAUACUUGUGCCCUUCAACUGGCUAAUAUCCACUUACAUGGUUUCCGCUCGAAGCUACGUCAGGUUUCUCGUGGUUGGGGGGCUCAUCUUUCAUUCGAGCUGGUGCCAAUGUACACUACGUUUGAUUUGGCGUAGCUUGCUUGUCCGGCAGCUUUCAUUCUUUUUGGUUAAGCGGCAACGUCGAUCUUUACCCAAAGACUCAACUUCAACUCAUUACGCAAUUCUCGAAGAUGCGUUGGAAGUUGCAGUGCCAAAAGAGCUGGCUCUUUUGAGCGAUUUCAAACAUGCAAUGAAAUUCAAACAAUGCGUCUGUGAUGCUAUUUCCAAUGGAUGUGAACACUUAAGAGGGGACCCGAAUUAUGAGUGGGUAAAAGUCCUCGUUGUCGAGUAUCGAAUUAGCGAAAACCAGCGCAAAUGGCCGCUGGACGGCUGGACUCAUAACACCCUGGUUUACGAAAGAACAAAAUUCAGUACCGAACGGGACGGCGAUUGGUUUAAAAGCCUUUCGCCGUGGGAAUUUCAAGAAUCAUUAGGUCCAGACUGGGUCUGGAUCGACGAUGGCUGGAGACCACAUGGCUGGAAUUAUUGCGAUACGGAAUGGAAUCCCAAGGGUUCCACAGAUUCGCUUGAUUGCUACACCCGUACCAGAAUAUGGGUUCGUGGCGCUUUCCGAACACUUUCUGAGUUGUAG